AUGCCACUCCCUAGAAUCCUGAGGCUACAAGAUGACAAAUGGGAAAAUCCUGAAGACUCUAUAGGUACUUUCAUUGGAUAUUUGAGUGGCGGCCGGUAUCGCUGUUGGGAGGCAGCUGGUCCGGCUCGUCAGGCGUUUAGGGAACUGAGCCCAGACAUCAAAGAUUUCCUUGAGACUUCUAGCAUCCCCCCUACUGAUAUCGUGUCAUGGUCGAUGUAUAUGAUCGGGCAUAACGAAAGGAACGCAGCACCCAAGGUUUUGAUUUGCUCCACGGAUGCGAAGGCGCGCAAGAAGAUCAGGCAACUUAUCAGAGACAGUAGGAUUAUGGAAAAAUACCCUGGCAUAGGACUCGGGGACGUUUCAGCACUACCUGAUCGCCCUGUAAUUAGAGAGCUAUCCCGAGAGGCUAUCGAGGCUCUUCUCCCUUUUGGUUGCGAUGUCGAGGGAGCAGUUCUGGCCGACACACCAGAACCCGCGUUGGGAAAGCGAAUUUUUGUCGUCAAUCCACACGACUUCUCCCUACGCCCAGCAAUGACCGGUCCGAUCAUCUUGCGUGGCGGAAAAUGCUACCAACUGACUGUUGCGCACGUAUUCCGGCAGACGAGGGAGCUCGACCAUUCAUCCGGCCAGCAGAUGGCUGAAGAUGACUGCGAUUUCGAUGGCAUGAGUGACACUGGAAGAGAUGAAGAAAGCCAAUACGAUGAGAUCACAAGCAAAGGAAGUGCAACCCCGGGAGAGAUUGAUUCCGACAAAGCGUCAUUCGAGGCCAGCCUCGACGCUUUCUCUGGUGAGAAGCACUCGAGUUCAAGAUCCGAAAGCCCUUCAAGCGACCACUUAGAUACUGGACAUGAUCUACGGCCGAGUGUCGAGUACCUAGAGGACAAUCCGGGCUUCGGUGAAUUUGAUGUAUCCCAGCUUCAGUUCUUUGGAAGAUUGGCCUUCAGCUCCUUGACCGGGAGUAAUCCAUCAUUGGACUAUGCUCUCAUUGAGACCUCAAAGAUGCCAGACAACGCGGAGAGGUCAUCCAUGAUCACAGGCUCUCUGGUCUCGAAUGUUGGGGAGAUAGAGGCAGACGACACCAGUAUUGUUGCUGCAACAUCGCCACAUUGUCUAGUCGAAGGCCGACUCACCGCCACGCCGUCCUACGUCCGCCUUUCUGGACAGCAUACCUUUCAAGAAGUCUACCCCAUACGACUGGGUAAGCCUUUACAAGAUGGAGAUUGCGGAACCGCGGUCUUUGGCAAAGACGAUAACCGCUUUUAUGGUCACAUAGUUGCCGGUGGCCCUGGGACUAGUAUCGCCUUCCUUAUUCCAGCUGGGGAGAUUUCCAGAGAUGUUCAGGCUCGUAUUGGCUUUGGCCCUAUCUGGAUGCCGCAGCAACAACACUCAAAGUAUCAUUCGCAGCGCAGUGCGGAAUUAUCCCCUGACACAAAGAACUUUGGUGUAACGCCGAUCAGAAACCUGGGUAUAUGGGACCAGGAAAAGACCCAGAAUGACCGGCGUCUUGAGUCCAUCGAGUUCCAGCAACAGCUCCAGCAAUGGCUCCAGAAAAAACCCAACUCUCAGCCUUCCCAAAACACUUUCAUCAACUCCCAACCACUCAUUAAACACAAAAGUCGUACAAAUGAUCUUAUAGACCAUGUAGACGAUGUAUUGGGUGCCAUGAGUGAGCCGUCAUCUGUUCAGACAAGUGAUUCUUCAAUACCGACAGCUUUACAUACACGAAGCCAUCCAACAUCCAACAAUCUGCUCUCAAUCGACGAGCGGCUACUGAGACCUAGAGUCGUACUGCCAUCCUUAUAUCCAACCUUAACUGUGCCCGAUCGCAAGAUAAUCUACCUGGGUGAUAAGAAGCAUGAUAAAGGAAACUCCGCAAACCCACUGCCCUCUCAAGACUCGUCAACUAUUUCAGCUGCCUCAUCCGGACCUCAAACACGCAGUCAACACAGAGGACCGACUGCUUCGCCAGGGCAACAGUUUAGUUGGUCCCGAGCUGGCACAGAUGCUUCAUCUGCUUCAGAUAAACAGCCCAAGCGCCAAAACAGCCAUACAAUAGACGACAUGGAACACGGAUUACCAAAACGACUAAGAGUUAUACAUCAGAGUCUCGCUUUACCUCACACAUUUCCAGCUCCUUUCGAACCGUUCCAGCCAGCUACAGGUCUCUCACCAGAGGCGGCGGUUAAUGCAACACAGGGGAUUGAACGCCGAGCUCGUGAUGCUCCGACAUCUCCUUCCCAUGGCGACAUUGUCUCAUCAAGUACACAACGAGAUGGGCCAUCAGGUAGUUUUGCACGCAGAUCAGUUCUACCUGGGGAUUUUGAAGGUGCCACCGAAACCUGCUUCUUUUGGCUGUUCGACUCGAAGCGACUCUCAUCAGUUGAGAGGCGUACAUGUCUCGGCCGCAAAGACGAAAUAUCCCACAUCAUCACACAUGCCGUCGAUCACCAUGGGCUCAUUCGUGGACGUGAUCCACAAUAUACAGCUCGCAAGUACUUAGCAAGCUGUCAGAGCCAUGAUCCAUUUGUGAAGGCGAAAGGCAACUACUGUGAGAAAUGCCGUUCGUUACAUGAAUGGGACGAUAGUGACUUUGCGGACCUUACACACCACGGUGUUGUCAUUUGUUUACGUUGCUGGCGCAAGUUUGACAAGAAAAGAAUGAAGGAGCAUAUUGCUGGACCUUUAUGUGACUACAACGCGGAGCAGCCAAAGGCCAAGAAACUAUGGAUUUUGUAUACCGCAUUUUGCUCGGAAACUCAGCUGCCUAGCAAGCCUCCUAAGGAUACAGCGCCGCGUAGGUCGGGUUAUCUACGUUCUCCGCUAAUCAUUCGCAAACGUCCACGGCUUGGUAAGCGUCCACGACAGAUUGGUCAGGAUCGAACGGCAGCUUCAGUCGACAAUCUAGACACAAAAAGAUCCUCACCUGAUACAAAACCUUUACUACCGCGAUUGGAGCCUGGUUCUUCACUGCUUCCACCUGCCGCUGAAGAGUCAACGGAACUUUUGUAUUCGCCCAAACUGGAUGCAUCGAUGCGGUUCUGGGACGAAGUUGGCGACUCGUUCGUUGAUAUAGGCCACUGGGACUACAUUGGGAGUAACCCAGACACUCAAACCAGAACUGAUGAAGCAGAUCCUCCGACUACUCAGCUCACAGAUCGACAGCAAGAGCUUGAGCCCAAAGGUGAGAUAUCGCAGCUUUUGAGUGCUGCUCUUGAGAAGGACUUAGGCUAUAGAAGUGCUGACAAGGAGUCUGUGUGA